AUGCCCUCAUUUUCGAACGCCAACCACCCGUCGAUGGACCUGAAACUCUGGACGCCUUUUGACGAAACACCGGUGGUUUUGUCGAGCGAAGAACGAUCGAUUAUGAGUACAUAUCCGGUUUUUGGUCUCAUUCCGGGGGACCUAGGGGUAAACAAUGUCUUUCCUUAUAUUUGCGAAGGACUUCUGGGCCAGUGGCUUAUUCAGGGUUCAUACUACGGCACACCUUCCACAAAGGCCCGACCGAGGUUAUUAACCAUACGAUUGUUUCGGCCUGGGGUGAGUGCCUGUCUCUGUGCGACCGCCGAUGCUGCUUGGGCAAUGGCGACCGAAUGCAGUA